AUGGCAAAGAAAGGGAGCACAGAGCAGGUGCAGGUCACAUGGGAGGAUCAGCAGAAUAUCAACACGUUCAGCAAACUGAACAUUCGGCGGCACGAGUUGGAAGCGCAGAUACACGGCACCAAGAAGCAGCUGGAGGAUCUGGAGGACGCGUCCGCUGAGCUGAUGCUGGCUGAUGACGAUGACGGCGAGGACGGCGGGGUGCGGAUGUUGGUGGGCGCAGCAUUUUUGCACACGCCCAAGGACGAUGCAGAGUCCAAGGUGGAGGCUCUGACGGGGGAGGCGCAGACCCUGCUGGCGGCGCUGCACGAGGAGCUGGGCGGCGUCACCUCGCGGCUGGCUGACCUCAAGGUGGCGCUCUACGCACGGCUGGGGAGCGGCAAUAUCAACCUGGAGGAGUGA